UCGGCCUGCUCCCCGGCCGGGGCCGAAAUCGACCAAGUGGGUCCCUCGCGGGCGAACCAGGCCACAACAGAUAGCAGGCGGGUGGUGUCCCAGGGUGCAACUCACCGCCACGCUGAGCCAGCACGGCGGUGAGGAUACACAGACGGUGGUAGUGGCGAGAGGUGUGUAUGGACACUGUUCCCGCGGCAGUAAUGCAAAGCGGCAAACUGCACCUGGCAACCACCGUCGCGGAAAGCGUGGCCCACGAAGCUGGAGGAGUAGAGAGAUUCGUAAACACCACUAAGCACCGCUCGCGGGAGAAGGGAGACGACCGCGGGCACCGCGGGGAGGGAGUGCUGCACCCUCCUCGUCAAAACACCACAGGCAAGAACCGAGCUCUGCAGAGAUGGAUUGAUGCGAGGAAACUCGCCGCUCGGAAAA